UACGCACACCGCCAUUUCGGAUAGACCAUAUUAUCUAUAAAUGCAGUCAAUGCUCUUGUAGCAUAUUUAGUCGACUAUACUAAAAUCUGCUAAACGUAAAGCGUCACAAACAUGUUGAUGUGAGAAGGUGAACUCUAAGUACGGAGAGUUCAAGUUAAAAAUUUCUGGUUUUACCGUCCAUUAAUAUUUCUUGCAGCUCGCUCGCAAAGCUAAGCCACCAGACACCACGCUAAGAUACAUUUUAUCUGCAUCCUCGAAAGCAAUUAUCCACGUACACUGACCGGUGUAUAUGUUCUAUAAUCUGUAUCAGUACGCCGCUAAUGGAUGUAUAGUCACCGUAAAAUUUCCUCAAUGAUUUGGCGAUAAGAGCCAGCCAACGGAAUGACGGAGUAACGUGGAAUACGUACUGAUUUGUAUUGCAUCGUUAUCUAUAUCGGGGAUUAUUUGGAUUAUACAGCUUCUUCAUAAAUCUGACGUUUUUAUACCCACUACAACCUAAUAACUGAUAACCCAAAAUCAAUAUGGCUGGAAGAUUCGGCACGCGUACGGCUACCGUUACACCCAUUUCCAGGACCAUAGGCGGAUGGUUAGCAUUAGCAUCGGUAUCGUCUAUUGUGGCCAUUAUUCUCAUACUGAUCGCCUUUGCCACACCGGUCUGGCUGGAGGCCGAUCGGAAUAUGGUGGCUAACCCGGUGCCGCCCUUCAAUAUUCCCUUCGACAAGCUGGGACUAUGGCAGUUCUGCUUCCGACUUUAUCAAAUAGGCGACCCUUUUCUACGCUAUUCGGUUAUAUGCCGAUGGUACUUCAGUUCGGGCUGGCCACCAAUGAUGGAGUUUUUGGCACCGUCCUUUUUCAUCGCGACACAAGUCAUCUAUACAGUGGGCUUCAUCGUAAGCAUAGUAGGAUUGAUCAUUCUUAUUUUGGUGCUCGUACGUGGACCUGAAGCUCGUUUGCUGUUUGGACUUGGUGCAGUAUUCAUGAUAGCAGCCAUACUGAUCUGCAUAUCCUUCAUUGUGUUUGCGGCGCGAGUAUUCGAUCGAGAAUGGAUAUUCGGAUGGCAGAACAAUUACUUAUCAUGGUCAUUUGCGCUGGCCGUUGCCGGUGGGAUCUUAUUAUGGGUCUGUGCCGCACUCUUCCUGAUCGAAGGACGUCGUCAGGCUUAUUACGAUGAGCGUGGCCCUGGUCAAGUUACUGUUGUACAUCGCCCACCGGUUGUAACCGAACCCACAGCUAAACGUGAUCAGGCUUUCGUGGUUCAAGAACCUCUACGUAAGACCAAUCCUGAACACACCACUGCUUCUCAAACGGACUUCAAAUUAACGAAUGGUGACCGUGAGUACAAGAACAUAUCCGUCAAAGCUCCAAUAUUACCGCCAAAACCCGGUAGCACGAAUGGUGAUACCUAUUCCUAUGAAUAUCGCAGGGAAUACCAGUAUGCCGUUAAGGACAGCGAUCUGUAAAAUAGCCGGGGAGCUCAAACCAUAUUCAGUUGUUAUUUUUUUCUAUUGUCUGAAAACCGCUGGAUAGUAUUGUGUUUGUGAUUGCCAUUUUAGGAUUAUUUGACGAAUGCAUGGGUGAAUGGUUUUUUCUCGUUUCCUUAUGGAAUCUCUCUAUACAGCCUGUUUUUGUCCUCUUGCAUUUAUUUUUGUUUUCCAAAACUAUCUGUCGGCCAAAGUUGCUGGUUUACGUACGUUGUUCAAGAGCUGAAAAUAUUGGCUUUCGCUUUUUUACGUUUUUCCAUUGCCCUGUAGUGAUUUACAGUGGUGCCUGCAAGACCACAUGGGCUUAUAUUAUAAGAUGGCAUUGGAUCAAGGAUGGACCAUUUCCGGUUAUAAAUGUUAAACAGUCUGGUAUGCAGCAAUAACCUGCCAGUGCAUGUCCAAUCGGCAACAGUAUUUUUUAUGUGAAUUGUACAACGCUGAAACCUUAUCACCUCUGCUCUCGACUUCGUGAUGAAUGGACUGUCAGUUGGCUUUUCAUACCUGCACAGAAAAUGCUUUACGACGGUAGCUCGAUACCUGCGCGCACGUACCCUGGCCUUCUUCCGUCGAGUUGCAGCUUGCUGCUCUUUUCCGGCAGACACAUCAAAACACCAUUGACCCAAAUAUCUUUUAACUAGCGUAAUUUCAGUGUGCUCACGAUAAAAAUAUUAUCAUCACCGCUUACUGUCUGCGUUCUGUAUUAAUUUCAUAAGGACUUUACUUGUUAUGUAAUCCUCAUUUUGUGUUGUUAAUGUACUUGUUUGGAUUAUUAUUAGCACUUUGUUAAAUAACGCAUAUUCGUUCACUGUGGCACUACCAAUCUGAAAUUAAGUUGGACUCAGGUAGUCCAGCCUAUUCAGUCGUCAAAAGCAUUAAAACAUUUACU